UUCAAAAUCUAUACUUGUCAAUCUUUGAUCUUUCAAAAAGAGUGGAAAUGAGGACUAAUAGUGGUAAUUAUACUUUCCAACAGGCACUAACUGUUGAAUCUGCAAGCAUAGUGAAACAAGCUUUGAACUUAGCUAAAAGAAGAGGCCAUUCACAUGUAACUCCUCUUCAUGUAGCAAUUGCUAUGUUAGUUUCCUCUUCAUCAAAUAUUUUAAGAAAAGUUUGUUUCCAAUCACAUUGUCAUCCACUUCAGUACAGAACUCUUGAACUUUGCUUCAAUGUGGCACUCAAUAGGCUUCCUACCUCUGGAUCUAGUCCUAUUCUCGAGCCUCGUGUUCACCCUCCUUAUCUUUCUAAUGCCUUAGUUGCUGCAUUUAAAAGGGCACAAGCCUAUCAACGUCGCGGUUCAAUAGAGAAUCAGCAACAACAACACCACCUCAGAGUAGAAAUUGAGCAGCUUCUUGUUUCAAUUCUUGAUGAUCCUAGUGUUAGCAGAGUCAUGAGGGAAGCUGGUUUUUCUAGCAUCCAACUAAAAACAAAUGUAGAACACGCUAUUUCUUCCGAAAAUAGCACAAAACCAAUGGUCAUAGCAUCAGGAAAUAAUCUCAAAUUGUCACUAUGCAAAUCAGGUGAUGAUCCAAGUGUUAGAAGAGUCAUGAGGGAAGCUGAUUUUUCUAGUAUCCAACUAAAAACCAAUGUAGAACACGCUAUAUCUUCUGAAAAUAGCAGAAAACCGAUGGUCAUAAAAUCAGGAGACAAUCUCAAUUUGUCACUAUGCAAAUCAGUUGAUGAUCAAAUCAAGAAUGAUGAUGAUGUGAUGAGUGUUAUAGAAGCAAUGAUGAACAAGAAAAUGAGAAACACAGUUAUUAUAGGAGAGUGUUUAGCCAAUGCUGAACGGGCUGUUAGAGGAGUUAUCGAUAAGUUUGAUAAAGGAGAAGUAUCACUACACAUGAAACAUGUUCAGUUCAUAAGUGUUCCACUUUUUACACUGAGAAAUGUCUCUAAAGAAGAGUUUGCGGCCAAGAUUAGAGAGCUAAGGAUUUUACUAAGAAGCUAUAUAAACAAAGGGGUGGUUAUAUACUUAGGUGAUCUUGAAUGGAUAUCUGAGUUUUGGACUGAACACAAUGAGCAAAAAAAUAACUACAUGAUAAUGGAGCUUAGUAGAUUGUUAUGUGGUGAAAUGAGGGGAAAUGGAAGGCUAUGGCUUAUGGGGAUUGCAAGUUUUGAAACUUACGCAAAAUGUAAAACUGGCUGUCCUUCUCUACAGACUCUUUGGGAUCUUCAUCCUCUUACAAUUCCCGUUGUGAACUUGGAUCUCAGCCUUAACCUUGAAAGUGAUCCGAAUAGUCACUUUAGAACCAAGACAACAGUGGAUGAUUCAACAGUCAAAUCUGAGGCCACUACAUCUUACAGCAGCCCAAGUUUGCCUUCAUGGCUCCACAAGUACAAGGAAGUGAAUAAUCAAGAUAACAAUAAUAUUCAGGAAUCAGAAGAAAUGAGAAAUCUUUGCAAGAAGUGGAACUCUAUUUGCAGUUGUGUUCACAAACAUGAUCAUUACGGUUUAUCUUCAUCAUCUCCUUGUUCUUCUACUUCAAUAGCUUCAUCAAACAAAUCAAAGAAAGAACACCAAUUUUUGAAUACAAAGCCUGAACUUCUAUCUAAUCCCAAUUCAAGUCCUAAUUCAACUUCCUCAAGUGAAGCAAGUAGAUAUAUGGAGCACUUGGAUAGGUUGAAGGAGCUUAAUUCUGCGUUAUGUUGCUCAGACUCCUCAAAAAUGUUGCCGCAUCCGUGUAGGAUCCUCCAAAAUUGCACUACUUUUGGAGGAUCCGAUACACACCCGUCGAUAUUUUUUAACGGUCCGAGCAACAUAGAUUCAGAGAAAAUGAAGAUUCUUUGCAAGGCAUUGGAGGAAAAAGCUCCAUGGCAAAAAGACAUAAUCCAUGAAAUAGUAAGCACAAUUCUUGAGUGUAGACACAACAAGGAAGAAACUUGGCUAUUGUUCUUAGGUGCUGAUUCUCAAGGGAAAGAGAAAAUUUCAAGGGAGUUAGCUAAAAUAAUCUUUGGCUUUCAAGAUAGCUUCAUUUCCAUUGGACUAAGUACUUUUUCAUCAUCCACAAGAACUGAUUCAACUGAUCAAGAAGUCAGCAACAAAAGAUCUCGAGACGAGCAAGGCAGGAGUUAUCUUGAGAGGUUUGCAGAUGCAAUUCAAGAAAAUCCUAGCAGAGUGUUCUUCAUGGAAGAUAUUGAUCAAGUUGAUUCUUUUUCACAAAAAAGUAUUCAAAAAGCUAUUGAAACUGGAAAAUUAACACUUCCUAAUGGUGAUUUGGUCUUUGUUAAGGAUUCUAUAGUCAUUUUCAGCUGUGAAGAGUACUUCAGUUCAGUUUCAAGAACUUGUUCUCGUGCUACUAUUAUGAAAUUUGGUGAAAGAAAAGAGAAAAUGAUGCUUCAUGGGAUUUAAAUAUUGUCAGUGGAGAAAAUGGGAAUGGAAGUUUUGUAUCUGAUUUUGGGAUUUUUGAGGCUGUGGACAAAAAAGUCAUGUUCAACAUUAAGUAUUAUUGUGAGAAAUGAAAUGAGAAAAUUCUUAAAUUUGC